AUGCAAAUAAAGUAUUUGCUUUUAAUAGCUCUUCUGGUCACUUUAACUAAUUAAGUGACUGUGACAAAAACAGAUUAAUGUGAUGAUUGUGCAUAAUUCAAAUCAUCAUAAGAUUGCAAAUCAUUUGGAUGUACAUGGACAGAGAAAACAGCUACAACCCCAGGAUCAUGUGGUAAAACUACAGCACCUCCUCCUGUGACUUUUACAUCAUAUUGUUCAACUAUUGAGACAGCUAAUUGUGCUAAGACAUUUGGAUGCGCCUUAGUUGAAGGAAAAUGCACUCAUUUCACAGGAUGUUCCGCCUAUGUCAAAACUACACAUUCAGAUUGUUAAAGCAUCUCUUAUAGAUGUAUAACAAAUGGAACAACUUGCACAGAUGCGCUUGAAUGUGUUGGAUAUACUAAAGAAUAAUGUGAAACCACACCUAGUUUAAAGAGUCCAUUCAAAUGUAAACUUGAUGGAGAAACAUGUAGAGACUAUAAAUGUAUAGAGGCUGAUGCUUCGUUAACAACUAAUGAAACAUGUAAUACAUGGUUAGCUGGUUGUAAAACAACAGGUGCUGGAUGUAUUGAUGUUAUCCCACCAUGUGCUAAUUAUUAAGGAACUUCAGAAACAUGCCCAAAGAUGAGAGGAUCAGAUGGAAAUUGUGAAUUUAAUCCUGAAGGUAAUAAUUGUAGAGCAAGAGUAUGCACAGGUGCUGAUAUUACACUAAAUACUAACGAAGCUUGUUCUACAUAUUAAGUUGGAUGUGUAACAACAGGAAAAGGAUGUAUUGCAACAAGAGGAGCUUGUUCUUCUUAUGAUGGAAAUGCUUCAACUUGUGUAGGAUAUAUUGGUACAGAUGGAGAAUGUGCUGGAGAUGCUACAGGUACUAAAUGUAGAGCUAGAUUAUGCAGUGAAAAGACUGCAACUACUGAUCUAGAGUGUGGUACUUGGAAGACUGGAUGUAAAUCAAAUGGAAAAUAAUGUGUUGAUUCUCUUGGUUUAUGUAGUUCAUAUGAUGGAACAAUAACUACUUGUAAUGGUUUGAAAGGAUCAGAUGGUAAUUGUAAAGGUACUUCAACAACCACAGCUAAAUGCGCAUUAAAAGAUUGUGUUGCUGAUAGUAAUGAUACUUUUAAAACAUAAGCUUAAUGUGAAGCCAUUUAAUCAACAUGUAAAACUACAGGUAAAGGAUGUGUAGCUACAUUGGCUGCUUGCUCAUCAUAUUCUUACACAGAUGAUGGAACUUCUUGUAAUUCAUUAUUUGGAUCUGAUGGUAGAUGUAAAGCUGGUACUAGUGGAAAAUGUGCUGCAAGAGUUUGUACUGAGGCUUUGACAUCAUUAACUACAAAUAAAUAAUGCGAUGAUUAUAAAAGUGGAUGUGUAACUACUGGAGCAGGAUGUGUAUCAACAACUGUUUGUUAAGAUACUGUAAAAUAAAUUACUUGUGAAGGAACAAAUUCUUGUGGAUGGAAUUCAAUUUGUGUUUCUAAAACUAGUUGUGGAUAAUUGUCAAGUAAAUCUAUUUGUGAAAGUGUUAAAAUAAAUAAUAGACCAUGUAAAUGGGAAUCAAGUUCAUGCAGAAAUGCUAGAUGUGAUGAUUUUACUGCAACUGAUGAUAAUACUUGUAACACAUUACUUGAAAAUUGUGUUACUAAUGGUACUAAAUGUGUUGAUGGUACUAAUUGUGCUGCUUAAUUUAAGGGAACUUAAUAAAUAUGUUAAGCAUUUAAAGCUAAAUGCACAAAUGAUACAGCUGCUACUGAAACUACAGCUUGUAAACCAAGAUCCUGUGAUGAUUCAUAUCUCACUUAUGAUAAUGAUUAAGAUUGUGGUAAUUAUUUAACAGGUUGUGUGACAAAAGGAACUGGUUGUAUUAUUGAUUCAGCACCAUGUUCAAGUUAUACAGGUACUCCAGAUUAAUGUGAUAAAUUUAAAGGAAAUAAGACUAAUAGAUGUUGGAAUACAAGUGCUACAUCUGGUGCUUGUACUAAUAAAUAAUGUACUUAAGCAACUGGUAUGGCAGAUGAUACAACUUGUGAAUCUUUUUUGACAGGAUGUUUAUAUGAUGGAAAUAGUAGUUGUGUUGAUAAAAGUGCCUCAUGUACUUCUUAUACUGGUGAUGCAACUAGUUGCUUAAACUAUAAAGGAGAUAAUGGAACUAAUCCAUGUUAUUAAGGUUCAGGUGGUAAGUGUAGAAGUAAAUCAUGUAAUGAUGAUAACACCAGUACAAGUGAUGGAGAUUGUAAUACAUUUUUGCCAGAUAAAUGUGUUACUAAAGGAACAGGAUGUAUUAAUAAGACAUCAUAUUGUACAUCAUAUUCAGGAACAACAGAAAAAUGUUUAACAUUUACUGGAAAUUCAGGAGCUGAUAAAUGCACAAGAUUAGAAUCAUGUGUAUCUAAAAGUACUACAUGCAGUACAAAAACAGGAGUCACCACUAAUGAUGAUUGUUUAUUAUAUCAUGCUGAUUGCCGAUUUAAACUUGGAGAUGGUGCUUGUAUGCAAAGUUAAGCUGCUUGUACAGGUUAUACAUUUACUAGUACUGAUGAAACUGAGAAGUAGAAUUAUUGUAAUUAAGUUACUACAUCAUCAAGUGGGUUGUGUAGUUUUAAUCCAACUGUUGCAGGUACAUGUUCAGCUAGAUUAUGCAAUUUAUGGGUGAGUACAUUAACAAAUAUUACAUGUGAAAAUUAUAAUGGAACUGCUUCAUGUAAAUUAAAUGGAACCAGUUGUUAUGCCCCUUAAAAUUCUUGUGCUUUAUACACAAUCCCAACUGGUAUUACAGAAGCUGGAGCUAAACUCACAUGGUGCAAUGGAAUGUUCACUGAUGCAGUUACUCCAACUAAAUGUUCAUAUGAUUCAGCUACAAGCACAACAGCAUGUUCUAAUAUAGAUACUUGUGAAGAGAUCAUUUCCCCUACUACUGCUGCAGAUUGUAAUAAAAAAUUAAAUAAUGGAAACUGUUAAUUUUCAAAUAACAAAUGUAUUACUACAAAAACAGCAUGUACUGGUUAUUCAUUAACUGGAAUUGCACCAAAUUAAUCUACAUAUUGUUCAGCCUUGAAAUCUGAUAAUGCUGGAACUGUUACAUAAUGUGCAUAUAUUUCUGCUACUUCAACAGCUAAUUGCGUUGAUGCUGUGCCAGCAACAGUUGCUAAUCCAUCAGCUAUCACUAUUGCAGCUUGUAAUACCAUUUCAUCACCAACAUCAUAAGCAGAUUGUAAUUUAGGAUCAGGAAGUUGUAAAUAUUAUUCAGGAGCUUGUUACUCUAGAGUUGUAUGUACAAGUUAUACAAUUCCUAGUUCAAUCACAACUGCUGAUGCUAAACAAUACUUUUGUUAGAACAUGCUUGAAAAUACAGCUGAUACUUACUGCUCUUAUGAUCCAACAGCUAAUAGUAAUGCUGGAGGUUGUGCUGCUGGUAAAACUGCUUGUACUGAAUAUAUUGGAUUAACUGGAGCAGCAGCAUCAGGAAAUGCAGAUGAUAUUGCGAAUAAACUGAAAUGCUCUAAAUAUAGAAUUAAAACAGGAAGUGCUUGCAAUUAUAUUUGGGAUGAUUCAACAAAUACAAAUUGUCAUGCUCCAGCUGAUGAUGCAGCUUCAUGCACAGUUAUAACAGCUGACAUUACAACUGAUGCAGAUUGUGAUUUAAGAACAAUAUUAGGUUGCAAGAAACAUGCAAGUAAUCCUGCUUGUAUAGCUAGAGAUGCAUGUACUGUUGCAACCACUGGUACUACAAAUGAUGAAAAAGCAACUAAUUGCUAAGCUAAUCCUGGUCCAAAUUCCCUUUAUUGUUCAUAUGAAGCAGCUGGCGCAAAUUGUGUAGCUGCCCAAAGUGCAUGUUCAGGUUAUGGAACUCUGCCACCUGGAACUGAAUUAACCUAUUGUUAAGCAAGAGUUAAUCAAAAUGGAAAAAGAUGUUCAUGGACUACAGGUGGUUCUUCUUGUGCAGAUGCUUAAGCUACAUGUGCUGGUUACACUGGUCUAAGUGGUGAUAUAAUAACACAAUGCUAAGCUAAAGUUGAUCAAGUUGGAGUGAAAUGUUCAUGGAACAUAGGAGCUACUGGAUGUAUGGCUGCUCCAAAAACAUGUGCUGGAUGGAGUAGUCUACCAGCAUCAGGACAAUUAGAAUUUUGUUAAGCUAGAAUUAAAUCAGAUGGAGGUAAAUGUUCAUGGAAUAGUGGUACUUCAUGCUAAGAUUAGCCAUCCGCAUGCUCUGGAUGGAAUGCUUUGCCAGGCACUGGAUAAUUAGAAUAUUGUUAAGCCAGAAAGGAUUAAGCUGGGAAUAGAUGUUCAUGGGUUUCUGGUGGCGCAUGUGCUGACGCUUAGUCUGCUUGUAGUGGAUUGUCACCAGCAUCAGAUCAAUUAGUAUAUUGUUAAGCUAGAAUUAAAUAAGAUGGAGGUAAAUGUUCAUGGACUAGUGGAGCUAAUUGCAGAGAUUAUUCAUGCGAAGAUACAGUAAAUCCAUAAUCACAAGCUGAUUGUGAUGCGACUGGAUCAGGUUGCACAUAUUCACCUCAAAAUUAAAUUUGUUAUAUCAAACAAGCAGCAUGUACUUCCUAUACUCCAACAGGAUCUACUGAUGAUGAUAAACUUAACUAUUGCAAUAAUCUAGUAAAUACUAGUAAUGCUGGAUGUACAUUUUUAAAAAAAGGAAGUGUGACAACAUGCUCAGUAAUAGAUGCAUGCACAGCUUAUAAUGUAUCUAGUAUAACUGAUGCUGGUGAUAAGUUAUCAGCUUGUUAAGGUGCUGUACCCACUUCUGGAAAAUGCACAUACUUUUCAGGAACUACUUGUGUUGCUGUAGGUGGUUGCGCUUCAUAUUAAGGAGGAACUGCAGCAAGUAUAGUAGCUGAUUGUGCUAAAUAAAAGGAUACUGCUGGAUUACUAUGUUUUGGUACAGGUACUGAUUGUUUAGCUGCAACAUGUGAACAUGUUACAGGAGCAACUAGUAUUGAUGAUUGUAAGAAAUAUGCAACUGGAUGUGUAUUUGCUAAUGGAAAAUGUUACACUGCAUUAGCAACUUGCGCUUACGCUACUGAAUCAACUAAUGCAAUUUCAUUGUGUAAUAGUCUAAAAAAUAUUGCUGGUGAUUUCUGCACAGCUGAUGCUAAUGAUGAUGCUAACUGUAGAAACAGAGCAUGUAAUGAUACUGCAACAGCUAGUUUCUAAACUCAUGAAGAAUGUAAGGCUUAUUCUUCUUUAUGUAAAUCAGAUGGUUAAGGUUGUAUAUCAGCUUCAACAUCUUGUGGAACAUAAAAUGGAUAUCUAGCUUUUUGUGAAUGGGCAUUAGAUACUAAUAAUAAAUCAACUUGUGCCAAAGGUACUUUAGCUGCAACUGAUGCCUCUUGUACAAAGUUAACUUGUGAAUUGAAUGUUACUGCAACUACUGAUUCAGAAUGCUCAUCAUUCCAUCCUGAUUGUUUGAAUAAAGGUUUUGGUUGUAUACAUAAAACAGAAGCAUGUUCCUCUUAUUAUGGUACAAAAGAACAAUGUUCUAAAUUUACAGGUGAUGGAGUGAAAUGCUUUGGUGAUUCUGUAAGUGUUAAAGCAGCUUGCAGAAAUAGAUCUUGCACAGAUUUGGCAACAGCUACUAGUGACAGCGAGUGUGAAAGUUUCUUAACUGGAUGUCUAUUCAACGGAGUUGGAUGUGUUAGUAAAACUGCAGCUUGUAGUGCAUAUAAAGGAACCUAAUCAACUUGUUCAGGAUUUAAGGGAAAUAAUGGUACCAAGUAUUGUUGGGGAGCUAGUACAACAGUUGUAGCAAAUUGUGCAGAUAGAAAAUGCUCAGAUAAAGUAGGCACAACAGAUGCUGAAUGUUAGACUUUCUUACCACCUAUUGCUCCAGUAACUGCAUAAUUAUGUAUUACUGAUGGUAAAACUUGUGUUGAUAUUGGAAAAGCAUGUUCAUUCUUUAAAGGAAACGAUGAAACUUGUUUAUAAUUCACAGCUUCUGAUGGUCCAUGUAAGGCAACCUCAGUUUCAGCAUCUCCAGUUACUUGUACUCCUAGAGUAUGUUAUGAAGCUCCAAACACAUAUACAACAGAUGAUUAAUGUUCCAAAUAUCAUCCAAGUUGUAAAACAACUGGUAGAGGAUGCAAGAGUAGUGUUGGAUGUGGAGAAUUAACAUCAUAAAGUUCAUGUACAGCAAAUGCAUCAUGUUAAUGGGCAGGAUAAUGUAGAAGUUUACCAACUACAUGUGGUGCACUAACUACUUCAGGUCAAACUAUUUGUGUGAAUACUCCAUUGUCAACUGGAAAGAGAUGUGCUUGGUUUAUUGGUGCUUCUACAAGUGGUUGCAGAGAUUUCACAUGUUCAGAUUAUGAUGGAUCUAUUACAACUCAUAAAGAUUGUUAAGAUAAAGAUACAACAUGUACUACUAGUGGAGCUGGUUGUAUAACUCUAGGACUCUGUUCAUCAUAUAGAUCAAAAUCUGUUUGUGAAUCUGCUAAUACAACUGAAUUAUCUUUAAGAUGUACAUGGAAUUCUACAACAGCAGCUUGUAGAUAAAGAUAAUGUGCAGAUGGAGCAUUUGCUACUGAUGAUGCAUGUAAUACUUGGCUUGCUGGAUGCAAAACAUCAGGAACUGCUUGUGUUGGACCAAACUUUGGAUGUGAUGUAUUUAAUGGUAAUCCUAAACUCUGUUUAAAGAACAGUGCUGGAAAUCCAUGUUUAUAUGUUGAUGGUGUUUGCUACGAUUAUGACAAUUGCACAGACAUUAAUUCUUCAACAUAUACAUUUUGCUAAGCCUUCUCUAAAUAAUGUGUUCCAACAACUACAACUUGUAGAGCCAUUACUUUGUGUGAUAAAUAUGAAGAUAUCUUUUCAUGUACAAUAGGUAUUAAUAAUACUAAAUGUGGAUGGUUACCAGAAAGCAAAUGUAAAGAAUAUACAGCAUGUAGUGAUGCAUAAGGUGCUACAUUACCAGCAUGUACUAGUUGGGGUCCAACUUGUGUUUCAGAUGGAACCAAAUGUAUUGAUAAAGGAACUUGUUCUUCAUAUUUAACCCCUUCAGCUUGUGAUAAUGAAGGUACUGAUGGACUUUGUUAGUGGACCGGAACAGCCUGUAGAUUGAGAGAAUGUACUGACAAAGUAGCUACAACUGAUGCUGAAUGUGUUGCUUAUAUUGUUAAGAGUGGAGUAUGCACAACUGAUGGAGCUAAAUGUGUUCCUAGAGCUACAUGUGGUUCAUAUCAAAGUGAAGCAGCUUGUACAAUUGGUUCAGAUGAAAUUCCUUGUGUGUUUGAUUUACCAGUUGGAGCAACAACAGGAACUAAAUCAUGCAGACCUAAGGAAUGUUCAGAUAUCAAAGGAACUACUAAUGAUGCUUGUGUUGGAAUAAUUCCUAAAAAAGCUUGUGUUUCUAAUGGAACUGUUUGUGUUAAAUAAGAUACAUGUGCCAAUUAUAAGAAUAAAUUAUCAUGUAAAGCAGGAGGUUCUGAUGGUAAAUGUGCAUUCAAUCCAGCACCAACAGCUACAGAUCCAAAUAAUGGAACCUGUUUAUUAUUCAAAUCAUGUGAAAAUGCCAAUAAUGAUUAAGAUGCUUGCAAUAGUAAAUCAAAGGCAUGUAAAUGGUCAUCAACUACUACUGGAACUACUACUACAACUAGUUGUAAACCUAUGGAUUGUCCAGGAAUUGCUUCAGGUACUAAUUGUAAUCCAUUCCAAAGUUUCGAUGGUGCAUCAAGUACUAUUUGUGUUUUAGCCAAUAAUGCAUGUACUGUUGGUGAUCCAUCCACUCUUACUGCAGAAUAAUGCUAUAAGCCAUAAACAGUUUACUCAUAUACUUGGAAUGAAUCAACAAAUAAAUGUGUUUCAUGCAAAGCUCCCACUAACAAUAACAAUAAUACAACCAAUCCAAACACCACCGACCCAGGUACUAAUACUGAUGAUAAUGGAUACAUAUUGGGUGUAACAAUUCCAUUGGCUAUUUUGGGAAUCUUUGUUUGAUUUU